UGCGGCCGCAAUGGCUGCCGCCAGCCGCCGCUCCGCUCUUCUUCUUCCGACCGUGUUAGGGAUCAGGCGGUUGGGCCCCGAUGCCGCUAGGGAGUGGGUGGCUCGGCUCUCCUCGCUCUCUGACUGUCAGCGGAGGUGCGUGUCCUGUUGUUCGGGAGCCGCCUUCUCUGGUCCCCGCCUGGCCUCCGCCUCUCGCCGUUAUGGCCAGAGCUCAGCCUUGGACCGCUUCCUCGGACUCUCUCAGCCCGGCGGUUCGUUGACUUCUCAUCCUCCCGCCGUGUCCAUGCACAGAGAUGAGCAGGAUCUCCUCUUGGUCCAUCGUCCUGAUAUGCCUGAGAACCCUCGAGUCCUACGAGUGGUCCUCCUGGGUGCCCCAAAUGCAGGGAAGUCAACACUCUCCAACCAGCUGCUGGGCCGGAAGGUGUUUCCUGUCUCCAAGAAGGUGCACACCACUCGCUGCCAAGCUCUGGGGGUCAUCACAGAGGAAGAGGCCCAGGUGAUUCUGCUUGACACACCUGGCCUCAUCAGCCCUGCUAAACAGAAAAGGCACCAUCUGGAGCUUUCUUUGUUGGAAGAUCCAUGGAAAAGCAUGGAAUCUGCUGAUCUAGUUGUGGUUCUGGUGGAUGUCUCAGACAAGUGGACUCGGAAUCAGCUCAGCCCCCAGGUGCUCCAGUGCUUGACCCAGUUCUCCCAAGUCCCUAGCAUCCUUGUCAUGAACAAGGUAGAUUGUCUGAAACAGAAGUCAGUUCUCCUGGAGCUCACAGCAGCCCUCACUGAAGGUGUGGUCAAUGGCAAGAAACUCAAGAUGAGACAGGCCCUUCACUUACAGUCCGGCACUCCUCGCCCCAGCCCAGCAGCUAAGGAGCCAAACAUACAGUCCAUGGGAGGCCCUCAGAGGAUUGGCUGGCCCCACUUCCGAGAGAUCUUCAUGUUGUCAGCUCUAAGCCAGGAAGAUGUGAAAACACUAAAGCAAUACCUCCUAGCACAGGCCCUGCCAGGACCCUGGGAAUACCACAGUGGAGUCCUCACUAGCCAGACGCCUGAGGAAAUCUGUGCCAACAUCAUCCGAGAGAAGCUCCUAGAGCACCUGCCCCAGGAGAUGCCCUACAGUGUACAGCAGAAGACAGUGUUGUGGGAAGAAGGGUCAAGUGGGGAGCUGGUGAUCGAACAGAAGCUUCUGGUGUCCAAAGAAUCUCAUGUGAGGAUCCUGAUUGGCCCAAAGGGGCGCUUGAUCGCCCAGAUUGCACAGGAGGCAGGCCACGACCUCAUGGACAUCUUUCUCUGUGAUGUUCAGCUCCGUCUCUCUGUGAAGCUUCUCCAGUGACCACCCUCUGCUGCCUCUCCCAAGGGUCUGAGCCAGAGCUGCUGGCAGGAGCCACUGACCAGAAUGGCCCUUGCCCAGGGCCUCUAGGGACUGGUGGGAGGCAUGGACACUGUCCGACGGCUGGCUUGGCCUUGCUAGGUCUGCCUAGCCCCUAUUUAGCCAUGUCUUCUUUUGGAGGAAGGAACUUAGCUCAGUUCUCAGGUUGUUUCUCUGCCUGGGGCCCUAACUACUUCAGUCUCGAAGUUGACUCUUUUGUAGGAACAAUGCCAACCUGCUUCUAGCUGGCACCGAACCCAGAGUUUCUCCCUGAGUUGCCAGUUUUAGCAGAGAGGUCUUUUUCCUAUCCCCUCAGUUCCUCUACCUUAAAGCCAUGUGUGAGGACCUGUGGGUCCUAAGUGAGAUAGUGCCACUCACCCCAUGCCUUUCCCCUUCUCAAAUGCUAAUAAAAAGACAAGCAUA